AUGGAUAUAGAAAACGAGCAGAUACUGAAUGUAAACCCUACAGAGCCUGAUAAUUUAAGUGACUCUCUCUUUUCUGGUGAUGAAGAAAAUGCUGGGACUGAGGAAAUAAAGAAUGAGAUAAACGGAAAUUGGAUUUCGGCAUCCUCCAUUAAUGAAGCUAGAAUUAAUGCCAAGGUGAAAAGGCGGCUACGGAAAAACUCGUCCCGGGACUCCGGCAGAGGCGAUUCCGUCAGUGAUAACGGAAGUGAAGGCCUUAGAAGUGGAGUAACUGUACCAUCCAGUCCAAAGGGAAGGUUGCUAGAUAGGCGAUCCAGAUCUGGGAAAGGAAGGGGACUACCAAAGAAAGGUGGUGCUGGAGGCAAAGGUGUCUGGGGUACACCUGGACAGGUAUAUGAUGUGGAGGAGGUGGAUGUGAAAGAUCCUAACUAUGAUGAUGACCAGGAAAACUGUGUUUAUGAAACUGUAGUUUUGCCUUUGGAUGAAACGGCAUUUGAGAAGACUUUAACACCAAUCAUACAGGAAUAUUUUGAGCACGGAGAUACUAAUGAAGUUGCGGAAAUGCUAAGAGAUUUAAAUCUUGGCGAAAUGAAAAGUGGAGUACCAGUGUUGGCAGUGUCAUUGGCAUUGGAGGGAAAAGCUAGUCAUAGAGAAAUGACAUCUAAGCUUCUUUCUGACCUUUGUGGGACAGUAAUGAGCACAAAUGAUGUAGAAAAAUCAUUUGAUAAAUUGUUGAAAGAUCUACCUGAAUUAGCAUUGGAUACUCCUAGAGCACCACAGUUGGUGGGCCAGUUUAUUGCUAGAGCUGUUGGAGAUGGAAUUUUAUGUAAUACCUAUAUUGAUAGUUACAAAGGAACUGUAGAUUGUGUACAGGCUAGAGCUGCUCUGGACAAGGCUACCGUGCUUCUGAGUAUGUCUAAAGGUGGAAAGCGCAAGGACAGUGUUUGGGGCUCUGGAGGUGGGCAGCAGUCUCUUAACCACCUUGUUAAAGAGAUUGAUAUGCUGCUGAAAGAGUAUUUACUCUCUGGAGACAUAUCUGAAGCUGAACAUUGCCUUAAGGAACUGGAAGUACCUCAUUUUCACCAUGAGCUUGUAUAUGAAGCCAUUGUAAUGGUUUUAGAGUCAACUGGAGAAAGUACAUUUAAGAUGAUUUUGGACUUAUUAAAAUCUCUUUGGAAAUCUUCUACCAUUACUCUAGACCAAAUGAAAAGAGGUUAUGAGAGAAUUUACAGUGAAAUUCCAGACAUUAAUCUGGAUGUCCCACAUUCAUACUCUGUGCUUGAGCGAUUUGUAGAAGAAUGUUUUCAGGCUGGAAUAAUUUCCAGACAACUCAGAGAUCUUUGUCCCUCAAGGGGCAGAAAACGUUUUGUAAGUGAAGGAGAUGGAGGUCGUCUUAAACCAGAGAGCUACUGA